GUACUGUACCCAUAUGUACCUGUAUCGACACGUGUAACUGAGGGAGUUUUCUUGUGCCGAAUUUACGGCAUUUGUUGUCAAAAUGACGACACCAGAGCCGUCAGCACUACUGAAGGACUUCUUCUGUAAGGUGACAACAUCCAAGACAAAGGAAAGGUGUCUUCUUUUGUCGGAUUUGUCAGGUUUUAUCGCCAAAGCUGAUUUUCCUGAUAAUGCCUGCAAGUUGUUGAUCAAGCUACUUCCUCUAACUCUGGAGCGUUACAAGGAUUCCAAGUCACGCAAAGCUGUCCAAGAUGUCAUCAGAGCGCUCAUAUCUAAAUAUGGCCAAGACGCAACCAAACCUCUGCUGAAGUUUCUGACAAGUUUUGCACAGAAGGAGAGGAACGUACAUCCAUCACCCACUUCAGGAGGUGCUGCUUUUGCUGCGCUAGGCUGGACAUGUGUGAUUGUUCUUACUGCAUUCGAUUCCAAAGACAAGCAGACUGGUGAAGCAUGGAAUGAUCUGAUUGAAGCCCAGUGUGGGUUAAUCUCGGCUGUACUAGGCACUGACUACCAGUCACUCAUCAAAUCUGCUGAAAGGAAACUCAAGAAUGUCUGGAAACAGAAUCCAGAUGCAGUCGGCAGUUACGCUGAGACGUUGUCUAAACUUGAUCAUUCCUUCCACAAACUGUGCAUUAUCAGCUUACUGAUGCAACAUUGUACUGAGAGUAAGCUUAGCAGCACUAUCAGUGCUUACAGUACAGCCUUCCUAGACGCAUACAUCAAGACAGUCUUUGGAGGCAAACGCAAAGCUCCCGUUCAUGUUCUGGUUGUUUGUAAAUGGUUGUUGUGCCAAGUCAAUCAUGAGCAGUUCAAACAAGUCAUUCUUCCAGCUGUGCAGAAAGCAAUGCUGAGAAGUCCGGAGAACGUCAUGCAAGCUGUUGGUUACUUGUUGAGUGGAGUUUCUCUGGAUUUGAGUCAGUAUGCUCCGGAUCUAGGCAAGAACAUUGCAACUCAGUUACAUGCUAAGGAAGACACAUUGCGAGAUGAAGCAGCCGUUGCUGCUAAACAUCUUGCUAUGCAGUGUAGUGAUGGAGAAGCAAUACAACAACUAGCGACGCUCUUCUUUGCAGUCCUGAAUGGUUCUGAGGGCAAGCUUACUAUCGUGACCCAGCGUAUGAGUAUGCUGUCUGGUAUCGGUCAUCUCAGCUACAAUGGAGUCAUGGGUAGUGGGUCUGUCCACUCACUGACAUCUACAGUCAUUGAACAGUUCAUUGGACCACUACAACAAGAAGUUCAUGAGGCUACAUUGGUUCACACCCUGUCCAUGAUGUCAUUGUGGUGUGCCAAGUUCACCAGUCAGGUGCCGCAGAAGUUAAUUGAUUGGUUCCAGAAAGGAAUGACACUCAAGCAGUCCACAUCAGCUGUGAGAAACGGAUACAUCCAGUGCAUGCUGGCCGCCUUCAAAGGUGACACCCUUCUUCAGGCAAUGACACUUCUACCUCUGCUCAAGCAAUCCUUGGAGCGCGCUCAGUCACAAUCCAACCUGGUAACCAUAGUAACGGAAGGUCUGUCGGCCGCGUAUCUCAUGUUACUGAUGUACGGUGCAGACAUUGAAGCAGAGUCCAAGCUGGCCUGGGUGUUUGGAGUUGUUUCUGAUCCUGAUAAACAGCUCGUUGUAUCCGAGAAGUUUCUAUCUUCAGCAUCAGAAGAAGCUUUGCAGACGUUACUUCAUCUUACUGAGAAACUACUGAUGGAGCAUGAAGACAAACUCAACACUGGAAGCGAAAGGUUGUACCACCGCGCCGUAGUGACAACCCUCCUCCAUCCAUCUUGGAAGCUGAGAAAAAGUGGCUUGCUGGUUGCUAAGAGACUGGUCAUGAGCGGCAACGGUCUCCAGGUGGCAAGGUCACUGAUGCAGGAACUCAGGGUUGCUAUGCCAACACAAAAGAUUAUCGACCCCAACCAGACUGAUGCCACCAAUGGAGAGACCACCAAUCCUGAGUCUAGACAAGGUAUAUCAGCGAUGGUGCUAGCCUCGACACUCCAGUCACUCAUUGUGACUACCGGCUCAUGCUUGACUGGAGAGGAGGCUAGCAUGUUGGUGUUGGAUGCGUUAUUGGAUGUGCAUCAGCCUUAUCUGGUUUGUGCCAAGCCUAAUCUGUGGUCCAGCAUCUUACACAAACUCAAGAUAGACCCAGUCCAACUAGUGACUGACAAUGCACAGAAUAUCUUCACCACAUUGUCCAAUGGACAGACAAGUGCAAAGGAGACAUCUUCCAAUGCCAUGGCAACCGUUGUCAGACUAGCAUCCAAACAGAUCCUACCAACUCUCAUCAGUCAUGCCGUAGGUUGUCUUGGAAACUCAGACUUAGUAACGAUUACCAAGGAAGAAUAUGACAUUAUGAAGACACCAGAAGGAGAAUUGUACAACAAAGCCAUCAUUGAGAAGUUGGCCCCUGAUGCUCCCAGUACCGCUAACAUGAAGAGGGAGAGUAAGGCCUACUCCUACAAAGAUCAAGUCAUGGAAAUUGAACUCAGGAAGGAAAUGGAAGCCAAGAAGAGAGCUAAAGGAAUGAAGGUAGAAGUCAAACUCAGCAAGAAACAGCAGGAAGCAAAAGAUGCAGAAUUGGCCAAGGAAUCGGCGAUCAGGAAUCGACUCAAACAGCUUGAUCAAGAAUUAACCAGCACAGCCAGUCUACUGCAUGCAAGCAUCCAGGGCAACCCAGCAGCAAUGUGUCGUCAUAUCCCCACCCUAGUGCCCAGUCUGUUGUCCCUUCUGUCCUCCCCUUUGGCAGCUCCUUAUGUGGUCAGUCUCUUCCUGGACCUGGGCCAAUGUGUCUUUGACAAGGAAGAAUAUAAUACAGGAGCAACUGUGGCCUACUGCACUCUGCGACUGUCUUCUGUAGCAUGCCCCAUUGAACCCAACUGGUGUAAAGAAGACUUGGUUGACAUGGCAACUAGAGCAGUGGAGGUUCUUCAUGGUGGUCGGGCAUCCUCGUCCGAUGAUGACAGUGACGACGAUGACCUAUCUGAUGAGAGGGAUGAACCUAGUCUCCAUUCAAGGCGUUUUCCUGCGCCAACCUUUGCGUAUUUCUUCCCAUUACUGAACCGUGUGCUCAAAGAUGGCGGCAUUGCAGUCGACAAGAAGGAAGAGGUGGUUGAUAAAUCCCUCGCAAUCCUGUCUGCACAUGCUCAGUUGAGAUGCCAGGAUAGUAUGUUGGAUGAAAUUGAUGAGAACGGCCCUGAGCUGCUACCACGCUGUGCUAUGUUGACUCUCCUGACCCAUCUGAUUGGUAUCAGUGGACCGGUCCUACAACAGACAGCUACCACUGUCCUGGUUGAUCUGUGUCAUAGCGCCGGAGGAUUGGAAGGCUGUACCAUGGCAGAGCAAGAUGAGAUCGAUGUUAUCUUGACGGUGUUACAAUCUCCAUGUGCUGCAGUCCGGGAAGCUGCACUCAAGGGAUUGAAAGAGCUGAAUGAAGUACUACCCACCAUGGACACAGAUAAGGAGCACGCAUUGAACCUGACACGCAGAGUUCUGAUAGCAAGACAGGAUCCUGAGGACACAGUCAAGCUGCUUGCCGAUGAAUUAUGGGAUGAAGCUGACCUAGCCUUAGACCCUGACCUUUGCCCUCUGACCAUCGAUGAUGUCAUCCAUACUGAGCAUGUGAUUCGUCAAUCAGCUGCGUUAUCACUGGCUAUACUCUUAGAUGAAUACCCUGAACAUGUGGAGGAGACGCUGAUCAAGUUGUUUAGUCUGCAUAAGGACAACCUACACAUCCCACCACCUGUACUGGACAGUCUUGGCCGUGUCAUAUCCGAAUCGCCCCCCGAUCGAUACGAAGCCCGAUGUGGGGUAGGCAACACUCUAGGCAAGAUAUCCCCUUAUCUCAUCAGGGGACAAGUCUUAGAGAUGUUUGAGUUCUUUGUCUCUGAGGGACUGAAUGAUCGUAACGAAGAGGUCCGGCAGGUCAUGUUAAAAGCAGCGACUGCAGUCAUAGACAACCAUGGCAAGGACAAUGUCUCAGUGCUUCUGCCAGUCUUUGAGAAGUUCCUAGAUGAAGCACCUAAUACCUCAUCCUAUGACGCAGUGCGACACAGCGUCGUCAUCUUAAUGGGAUCGCUCGCUAGACAUCUGGAUAAAGACGAUCCUAAGGUCAAACCAAUUGUUGCUAAGUUGAUUGAAGCUCUGUCUACACCUUCCCAACAGGUUCAAGAAGCUGUCGCCAACUGCCUCCCACCCCUCGUACCAGCCAUCAAGACCGACGCACCUGCGAUCGUCAAGAAUCUUCUGGCAUUGCUCCUGGAAUCAGAGAAUUAUGGUGAAAGGAAAGGUGCUGCGUAUGGCUUAGCUGGACUCGUCAAGGGUCUAGGUAUUCUAUCCCUCAAACAGAUGGAUAUCAUGUCGACACUGCAAGAAGCUAUUCAAGACAAGAAGAAUUUCCGGAAGAGAGAAGGAGCUCUGUUUGCCUUUGAGAUGCUAUGCAACAUGCUGGGACGUCUGUUUGAACCUUACGUGGUCCAUGUUCUGCCUCAUCUCCUACUGUGCUUCGGGGAUGGAAACCAGUAUGUUAGAGAGGCAGCUGAUGAUACAGCCAAGGCUGUCAUGAGCAAGCUGAGUGGACAUGGGGUCAAGUUGGUGCUACCAUCACUACUAGCUGCACUCGAAGAAGACUCAUGGAGAACCAAAACAGGUUCUGUUGAGUUGUUAGGAGCCAUGGCCUACUGUGCCCCUAAGCAGUUAUCAUCAUGUCUGCCCAGCAUCGUCCCCAAACUCAUGGAAGUAUUGACAGAUUCUCACAGUAAGGUACAGAAAUCUGGAAUUCAAGCACUCAAACAGAUCGGAGCUGUCAUCAGGAAUCCAGAAAUCCAAGCUAUCGUUCCCAUGCUGUUGGACGCCCUGUCCAAUCCAUCCAGCAAGACCUCCAAAUGUCUACAGUUGCUCUUGGCAACCAAGUUUGUUCACUUCAUUGAUGCGCCCUCACUUGCCCUGAUCAUGCCAGUUGUUCAGCGAGCCUUUCAAGAUCGAUCCACCGAUACUAAGAAGAUGGCAGCGCAGAUUAUCGGCAAUAUGUACUCACUUACUGACCAGAAGGAUCUAGCUCCCUACCUCCCGUCGGUCAUGCCAGGGCUCAAGGCAUCUCUUCUAGACCCUGUACCUGAGGUGAGGAAGGUAUCAGCCCGUGCCUUAGGAGCCAUGGUCAAAGGAAUGGGAGAGAGUAGCUUUGAUGAUCUGCUGCCGUGGUUGAUGGAGAAGCUGACCGUUGAGCAGAAUUCAGUGGAUCGGUCCGGUGCCGCACAAGGUUUGAGUGAAGUCAUGGCAGGUAUGGGGAUAGAGAAACUAGCCAAGUUGAUGCCUGAUAUCAUCAAGACAGCCGAAGCACCCGACAUCCCACCUCAUGUCAGAGACGGUUACAUCAUGAUGUUCAUCUAUCUACCUGGGACAUUUGGUGAUAGAUUCACAGCGUAUGUCGGCAAGGUUAUCCCUGCUAUCUUAAAGGCCCUGGCAGAUGAAUCCGAGUUUGUCCGUGAUACGGCCUUACGAGCCGGCCAACGCAUCGUCCACAUGUUUGCAGAGACAUCUGUAUCUGUCUUCCUACCAGAAUUAGAGAAGGGUUUGUUUGAUGAGAAUUGGAGAAUUCGCUACAGCUCUGUCCAGUUAUUAGGUGAUCUGUUGUACCGAGUGUCAGGGGUCACGGGCAAGCAGUCGACCGUCAGUGGAGAAGAUGAUAACUUUGGAACUGAACACUCAACUAAGUCCAUUCUGAAAGUGUUGGGUAUGGACAGAAGAAACCGUGUACUUGCCGGUCUGUACAUGGGUCGAUCUGAUACAGCGUUGAUGGUACGACAAGCUGCUCUGCAUGUCUGGAAAGUGGUUGUAGUCAACACUCCACGGACACUACGAGAGAUUCUCUCCACACUGUUUGGAUUAUUGCUUGGCUGCUUGGCGAGUACCAGCUAUGAUAAGAGACAGGUUGCAGCUCGUACUUUGGGAGAUCUUGUGCGAAAGUUAGGAGAGCGAGUUCUUCCUGAGAUUAUUCCAAUCUUAGAGAAAGGUUUGGAUUCUGAUCAGAGUGACCAGCGACAAGGAGUAUGUGUGGGUCUGAGUGAGAUCAUGGAAUCCACCAGCAGGGAACAGGUUUUGGGUUUUGUAGAUAACAUUGUUCCAACGGUCAGGAAAGCUUUGUGUGAUCCGCUGCCAGACGUCAGAGAAGCAGCAGCCAAGACGUUUGAUAAUCUACACUCCACCAUUGGACACAAAGCAUUGGAUGACAUUCUACCAGAUUUGUUGAAGCAACUUGAUGAUGACGUGAAAGGUCCUUAUGCCUUGGAUGGUUUGAAGCAAGUUAUGAUGGUCAAGAGUCGAGUGGUUCUACCGUUCCUGAUUCCUAAGCUGAUUCAACCUCCCGUGAACACCAGAGUUCUAGCCAUCCUUUCUGAGGUUGCUGGGGAAUCACUCACUAAGCAUCUUCAUAAGAUUCUUCCUGCCCUCAUGGAUGCCCUGAAAAACAGUGUAGGAACUCCACAAGGACAGGAGGAGCUUCAGCAUUGUCAGACUGUUGUUCUGUCAGUCAAGGAUGAGUUAGGUCUUCAGAUUAUCAUGGAUGAGAUCUUACCAGCCACUAAGAGCCCAAGCGCUGGGGUACGUCGUGCUGCUGCCACCAUCCUGUUUGUCUACUGCAGCCAAACUAAAGUCAGUUACUCGCAGUUUGUGCCAGCGCUUCUGCGUGGAUUGAUAUUCCUGAUGAAGGAUGACGAUCGCAGUGUGUUGGAUGUCACAUGGGACGCACUCAAUGCAGUCACUAAGAGUCUGACUUCAGCAGAUCAGUUGCAGCAUAUUGCCUCCCUCCGCCAAGCCAUUCGCUACGCUGCUGAUGGCCUACAAGGCAAAGAACUACCAGGAUUCUGUCUGCCUAAGAAGGGCAUCUCCCCGAUCCUACCCAUUUUCAGGGAAGCGUUGCUGAACGGUCCCCAAGAGCUGAAGGAACAAGCAGCUUCAGGUUUAGGUCAAGUCAUCCAGUUGACUAGCAACGACGCUCUGAAGUCCCAAGUUGUCAAUAUCACUGGACCGUUGAUCAGAGUCUUAGGUGAUCGCUACACAUGGACACUGAAAGUGGCCAUCUUACAAACGCUGACUCUGCUACUGGGGAAGGUUGGUGUUCUGCUGAAGCCCUUCCUUCCUCAACUACAAACAACCUUCCAGAGGGCGCUGUCUGAUUCUAACCGAGCAGUCCGCCUUGAAGCAGCCUCAGCUUUGUCUAAGCUUGUCAUCAUACACGCAAGGGUAGAUCCGCUAUUUACUGAGCUACAUACCGGCAUCAAGAAUGAAGAUAAUGAUAUAGGAGUCAGGGAGACUUUCUUACAAGCCAUACGUGGAGUCAUCAGAGGAGGAGGAACUAAGAUGAGUGAUGCCAACAGGAAAGCCAUCACUGCCACACUGCUAGGAUUACUGUCAAUACCAGAGGACAUGGCACGUAUGGCAGCAGCAGGCUGCGUGGGGACGCUGUGCCCGAUACUCACUGAUGAGGAACUGGAUUCCAUUGUCUUAUCAAACCUUCUGGUGAAUGAUACAAGUGCUGUGUGGGUGUUGCAGCACGGUAGGAGUGUGGCUCUAGCGAUUGCAAUCAAAGAAGCUCCAGAGAAACUACUGUCUGAUAAAUACCGGUCCCUGGUGCUAGAGACUGUGUCUAGAAACAUUGCCAAUGACAGGAUCCCUAUAUCUGUUAGUGGUUUGCGAGCGAUUGGAUUCUUUGGUCAGCAUCUCGUCAUGAAAGAUGAGGAUUUACCAGCUAAUGUCAUCUCUGUUCUUGUCAAGAAUCUGAACCAUGCAUCCAGCGAUAUCAAAAUGACAGCUGCACAGAUGAUAACACAAAUCGCCAAGGCAACAGAUAAACCUCUGGGCGUGUCUGUCAUCAAAACCUUAGUCAUCAUUCUUGUGAGCAACACCAAAGACAAGAACACGGCAGUACAGGCAGACAGCGAGAUAGCAUUGGUGGCGCUACUACAGAUGAGACGAAACGACAACCUUGUACAGUCUACCCUGAAGAGCUUAGACUCCAUACCAGCCGCCAACCUGACUGAUUGCCUGAAGAGGCUUCGCAAAGUUGUCAAUCAGCCAGAGCCUCCAUUUGAAGCAGAUGACACAGUUGUACGCUGAAUGAAAAAAAAGAAUAUCUGAAUCCUCUAAAGAGUAAAGACUUUAAUAAAUAAAAAAAAAGAAAUGUGUAAUGUUGACGUAUUUAUACGCAUAAAUGUCUUGCUCCAGUGAUUAUGCACAUUUUGAAUAAUUUAAUCAAGUAUUAAGGUACCAGUUACCAAUAGGCCAGUGUACUUUUAUAUUGGUCUUCUUUAUUGUGUCCAAACUAUUAUGAUUCUUGAAUUUAUGAUGAUAGCCAAAAGGAAUACACAUUGAAAAGUAACAUUUACCAUUCUUGUUUGUCAAUUGAAUUAUGUUUUGUCUGGGAAGGUGGUAUUUUCUAAAUCAUGCUUUGAAAUAUAUUUGAGAAUAUUUACAAUAUUCAGUAACCUCCUGCAUCAGCAAUGAUGACGAACAAUCUCAAACGAAAAAAAAAAAAACACAUCUAAAAAAUAUCAGUCCAUUUGUAAUGCGAAGCCUUCAGCCUUUUUCUUUCACUUUCAUGGUUUGGUUGACGUUUUUAUCUUUGUUUUUUUCUUCUGGCGGUUAGAUGAAAUAAGAGAUUUAUUUUAAUUAUUUGUAUAUUUACAAGUCUGGUCUAACCUGCACUUGUGCUCUUUUCGCAGAAAUCAUUUGAAAUCUGUCGUCUUAUAGAGUAUUUCAUUAUCCAUGAAAGCGCCAUCUUUAUUGUGUCAUAAACUCUAUGCUAAUCCUAACAGAACUCAACCCAUCAAACCCCAAUGGCAUGUUUUGUUGGAAUCUGUCAGGAUGGGUACAGUACCCCUAAACUGACAGUCUUUUAACAUUGGGUUGGCACACCUCCAGAAUCAAAGUCAGAAAGAUGUGUGUGUAGUUUCCCAUAUGGUGUUGGAAUUUGCCAGGAUGGGUAUGGUUCCUAGUAAAUCAUGCCUGGGGUUAGGGCUAAUAUAUCCACACAUAAAUUAUGUUCAAUAUCAUAUUUCUUGUUAAAUACUUAAUAUUAAAUUUGCAAGAUCGCAUGGUGGAAAUCACAAUUUUGUUGUGUUACCAAGUAAGGGCUAUUUUUCGGGUGACGUAUUUUUCAUCGUACAAAGUUGUACAUUUCAAAGCUGUCUGUGAUACAAACAAAUCUCUCAUUUUCAGCAAGUAAAUGUUAUUAAAUAAAAAGUGUCCAUAAUGCACUUGUAUUUCCAAAUUGCUAAGUUUUUGAUUGGCAAGGCCUGUGUAGUUUAAACGCAGUUGAAUUGUUGAUUUACAUGGAGACUUUCUUCCCUAUAAUCAUACAGUUGAGAAUCUUUUGGGGGCAGAAAAUGUUUUAAGGAUAAAAAAAAUGACUGCUUCUGGCAUGGAACUGCUAGGUUUUUGUUAAAAAAGAUAGACAUAGGUCGAUGUAACAAGCUUUACUUUGGUAAAAGUUGCCCAAGUUGUAUUAUCUGUGAUUUGGUAGUUUGAAGUCGCAUUUAUGUUCAUGUCACUGUCUUUUUUGUUGAAUUAAACACAACAGAUCAACACUCCCUCCCAAUUUGUUGACACAAGUUUACAAGCUUGGCACUGUUUCUAAGCCAAAGUUAAUGGAACAACAUUUAGCAUUUUAUGAAUUUUGUCAUUAACAUGUCUUGAGAAUGUGCUUUGCAAAGUUGGUGUGCAUUCACAGAUGAAGAAAUAUACGCCAUGUAUUUUUAAAGUUUA